AUUGUGUUAAUGUCAAAUCAAAUUGACAAAAUUCAAAAUUAUCGAUAUUGAUUCUGAGUUUAGCGCAAAUGUAUUUCCUCGCAUUUAUGUUGCAUUGACAUCUUGGACGCAAAGUUUCCUCCGUUAUUUGUGAAAAUAACAAUACUCCGUUUUUGUGCUGGUCGUGUGCAUAUUGUAUACUAUGAUACUAUCUUAACGGAAUACGAAAAGUGCUAUGUUGGUGCAGAUUCCCUAAAAACGAUAAUUUAAGAAACUUGUGGAUGUAUUUCAUAGUAUUCACAAAUUCCUAGAUCAUUGAACUUCCCAAAGAACGUUUCUUGACUAGGCAGAAAACUUCGAUAGGUACUCUUAUCCAUGCUUGCUUACUAACGAUUAAAUAGCUCAUGGCGUGCCUCUGACUGCAACAGGCGAGUAUAUUUAUUACUUAUCAUGGUACUUAAGUUUCGGCUGCUGAAAGUUGUGAUUUCUAAAUAGGUAUCAAGUGGACUCCAGUAAUGAAGUAUUGAACCAUACAUUUUGAAUAAAAAACAUUGCAUCACUUUGUGAUUAUUUCACCAAACAUUUUUAAUUAUAACUACAUAGUAUAAAGUGGCAGUCACUUAAUAAAAUUGUGUCUGUAACUAUGGAAAGACAAAAAAUUAUAUAGAUAUUUGCUAUGAAAAUGUAUCGUUAUAAAAAUAUCACUAGAACAAAGCUUGCAAAAAAGCAACAAUUUAUUACAAAUGUUCAAAGAUGCCGCUUGAAUAUGGUUUAAUUUUUAGUUUUGUUUUAAUAAAUAAUGAUGUAAUUGACAUCUUCUGAUCACAACACUUUUUACAUUUAUAAAUUUUUUACAGUAUAUUUUAUUUCACUUUCCUUAUUUUAAGGUUAUUGAAAUAUUCAAGAUUUAUUAAAUCACUAAUGUCCAAAAUGCUUAUAUAGAUCUGCUUUUCGUCUGGUACUGGAUGGCAGGAGCUCGUACUAUCUGGGAAUCUCAUUAAAGCAUUCAUACAAGCAUCUUCAACUUGUGCAAGUUGUGACUUGUCGUCAUAGUGCAGGAACAUAGGGCCUUGUAAUUGCAAGACUGAGUGAGCGAGACCAUUUCAGAACCUUUUACUUGUAGUUAUGGGUAUUAAAGAAUUAAAAUUAUAGUUUAGAGGGAGUGGUAACAGGAUGGCUGUAUAGUAUUUAUUUCUAAAACAAAUGUUAUUUGACUUCCCUUAAUUUUAUACAUUAUUCUAUUUUUACUUAGUUGUUAUAGCUUAUGGGGUAUAUAAAUUUAUUUGUUAACUCUACUGAUUUUAAUGAUUUUAACAAUUCUUCAAUAUCUACAAGUAAAAUUCCUAAUUUAUUAAAGAUUACAGAAGUUUUGAUUUCAUUCCAUCUAGUGUAGAUUGAUUGGAAAUUGUGUAAAAAUAAAUCAAUCAUUAUUCCCUUCAUACAUGCUCUACGGUUUAGGGUACUCUUGACCUGGCCUUAUAAAAACGAAUUCUGAAAUAUUUAAUGAUUAUUUAAUAAUUGACAAUAAAAUUAUACAAUUUUAUCAGACAGCUUUACUUAGAUAAAGCGUUUUCGGCACACUGUUUAAAAUCAACAAUAAAGUUCCAUCUAUGUUUCAUGAAAUGGAGGAUAUUUAUAAAUUUAAAAAUAAUUUAAAACAUCUAACUAAGAAAUGAUAGGCAUAUAACAAUGACAUAUAUCUUUUUCAAAGAUGUUACCUGUACUAUUUUACUUGUAUUCACAAGAAUUGAAUUUGAAUUAAUCUUGAUAAAAUUAUUUCUUAUAAAUGUUACUUAUUUUAACAAGUGAUUCUAUUUAUUUCAUUAAGGUAAUCUUGUUCACUAGUGUGUAUUGACGAAUUUUUAAAUUACCAAUCAUAUUUUCAUACUUUAUAGCAUCUUUAUAAUCGAAGUCACCAGUAAUAAUCUUAAUAAUAUAUCUUAGGGAGUUUAGAAUGCCUUGUUUGACUCUAAAUGAAGGUGAUAACUGUUCAAAUUGUUCAAUACUGGAAUUUGUUUCGAAUUCAGUUUGAAAUAUUAUAAUAAUUAAUUGAAUGUUUAGAGAUUUUUUUGUCAAAAUAAUUCUAACAUGCUUAUUUAAGUAUUUAAGUUCAUGUAUCUAUUAAUAUUAAAUUCUAACUGCUCAUGCGAAACAUUUAAAUUUGAAACUUUAAUUAUAAUCCACUUUUCAUCACUUACACUGAGAUGGCCAUCUCUAAGUAACCAAUAUUAAUAUUAUAAGGCCAUAGGAAAUGUUUUCUGCUACAUGUAAUUCUAAAUUUGAUGUUGUGGUUAAAUCUAAUUAAAAUUAUUUGCAAAACGAAUGAAUAUCUAAAACCUUGUGAAUUAUUAUGUAUGGAUUGUGAAGUUGGUUAACUAUAAUUUUUUUUUAAGUAGGUAUUGAAACCACUAAGAAUAUUUUCUAAUUCAGUUUCAAUUUGAUCUAGAAUCACCAGAAUCUUUCACUUAAAAAGAGAUGCAUCUUAUCCUAUAAGGUAAUUGUUAUAUAUAAUAUUAUUUAGUUUGUAUGUAUAAUCUUGUUGAUGCCAUAAAAAAUUUUAUAAUAUAUUAAAUAAACUUGAAAUACUUUGAUCGCCAUCAAACAUGCUGAUCAAACUUUUUUAGAUCCUUAGGUCUAAUUUGAAGAAAGUGACAUACUUUUUUCUCUUCUCUGUUCCAUUUUUAUUUAAAAAUCAAUACAUGUAUACAAAAAUAUUCUGUUAAUUAUUCUCUUUCUAUAAUUUUAGCACUUCUUAACCCUUUUGUUGUCCCGUGCACUACAUAUAGGGCACUGCUAUUGUCUUACUAUUGUGUCUGCUAACCGGACAGUGAAAAUGUUAAGAUUAUAAUUAAGUACAUUACUUUUAUUUAAUCCAUUUUAUUUUUCUUUAUAAUAAUAUUUACCUAAUAAAUAACUGCCAAGUUUUGUGCAGAAAUCAAAUAACUUUCAACGAUUUUAGUUCAAAAGUCACAACAUAGAGCCAUAAAGAAAUAACCACAGGAAAUAACUACAAUGAGACAGGAUAGUAAAACGCUUUAUUUACAGUCCGCUCACUGCCACGUCUACCUGUAGAUCUCCUCUUGUCUGAAUAGGAAGGUUUCUUCAGCUCCUGAUUUAACAAACUUAUUUGGUUUGAGGAUAUCCGGAACUGUGGACAAGACCAAUUUGAGUGUACUUGAACUCAGCUGUAAGCUGUGAGCUGGCUGCGCCAGUUAAGUUUUGGGAGUGGUGGUGAAGCUUUUUAAAAACUACAAAUAUAUCUCAAUGACAUUUAAUAACUAUUACAUUACAGUAAUGUAUUAAAAUUAAUUCAGUGCAAUACUGACUUCCUUAACUACGUGAUUACAUUACUAUGAUGAGAACGAAUCUUAUUCUAAAUGCAAGGGCUUUUAUAGGAUGGUCAAAACAAGUCAAACACAUCAAAAGUUCUAAAUAAUAAAAUAAUAUUUUUAUGUUUAUCAUUCAGUUACAAAAUAUGAAUAUAGUACUUAAUUAUUUUAUUUAUUUCAUUACAGGUUACAUUGAUGAAGAAAAUAGUAUCAAAGAAGAGAAAAUUGGUUAAAAUUUUGACAAAGAUUGCAACUAAAACUUUAGGUGACUCAGUUUCUCAGACUUGUUAAAGCCCAAUGCCUGUCAAGAAAUAAAGACCUAUCGGAAAUUUUGAAAAAAAAAUGAUUAUUUUCAUUAUGCAAACUCUGACGCAACAAUGGCCUCAACAGCAGAAGUUGUUGAAUUUUUCGACACACUGACAAUGUCAAUGGCUACCCGGUUUAUGUGCAAAGAGGAAAGUUAAGACAAGUGGUUAAACAAAAUUUACAACAUCACACUUUUUGGAUUGAAGCCAUUAACAAAAUUAAAAAAAAAUGAUUUUUGUAGACACCAUGCUAUAUAGUAGCAAACAUGCUAUCCAAGUAGGAAAACCUCGACUUGUGCGAGGGCCAUCCCAACAAGGAAGGAUAACUUGUUACUGUAAACUUGUUGAUAAUUAUUAUUUUAACAGUAUAAUGUAGAAUAUUAUUAUCACAAAAAUAUUAGCCAAGACCCUUUAGAAAUUUAUUUUUGAAUGUAUAAUAGUUAUAGAUUAUAGAAAUGUUGACCUAGAUGCAAACAUAUUUAUAUAUGCCUUUAAAUAUCUGAUAUUAUCUAACAUGGUUAGUCCACAUUUGAAAUUCUCUAAUUGCGAAGAGGAUUAUGGAGACACAUUAUUAAAUGUUAGCGGUCUUUUCAAAAAUGUUCAUAAUAAUAAAGAAAAUUACUCUGAAAACACUCCUAAUGUUUUGCUAGCUCUCCUGUCCUCUUCACAAGCAACUUCAAGAGAAAAAUUGCUUGUGGGUGAUGUAGUCAUGGAAAAAAUUGAAUACCACUGCUCAGCUUAUACUGCUGGAUACAUUUGUCGGAAAAUAUCGAAAGGUAUUCCUUGUAAGGAUUGCAUCAAAACAGCAGUACAGAGACAAAUAUUCACUCUUACAUAAAAUCUAGAGCAUAAAUUGUUGAAAAAUAAUAAUUUGGCAUACCCUACCGAAAAAUUACUUAUCUUGUACAGGGAUGAUACUCACGUUAUUCAUAAGUAUUUGAAUUAUAGCUGUAUCAGAAGUAAUGUUAAAAGUAAAAUAUUGAGCACUUUGAGUUUUUCCUGGCUAGGAUAUAAUAAGCAUGCUUUCAUUGUAAAAAAACUUUCAUCAAUAUAUUAAUAAGGUUACACGGACACAAUUGGUAUAUAAAAUUGGCAAUAAUAAAAUAUUGAAAUUUUGUAACUGAAUCUUUAGGUGACUAAGCCUCACAAAAGCUUGCUUAUUGUCCAAUCUCUGUCAAAAUAUAGAGAAGUUGAAUGUUAAACAAAUAACUUUAUUAUUAAUGUAAUUAAAACAAUUUAAAAAAUGGCCAGGUUUACCCUAAAUUAAAAAUUAAUAGGAUGUCUACUAAUGAAACAAAGCUCCAAACACUACAAACUUAGAAAAAAUGUUUGUCUUGCCUAACAAACAAAUGUUAUAUAGACCAAAUAAUAAUUUGGCAUAUCCUAGCGAAAAGUUCUUUAUCUUAUACAGGGAAGGUACUCUUUUAAUUCAUAACCAUUUGAAUUGUAGCUGUUUUAAAAUUAAUAUAAAAAGUAACUUGUAAAGUAAAAUAUUACUUACACUAUGAUUUAAUAUGAUUCCUGUGGUUUAAUUUCUUUAAUUUGCUAUUUGCUUUAUCUAAUGAACAAUAAAUAUUGCUCUGUUUUCGUCAAAUUCUGCCUACAUACAAUGUUAUGUACAUUUUUAAUAUAACCCAAUGUACUUUUAAUUUAAUCCUAAGAUUACGUGUGUAUGUAUAUGAUAUUGGUGUGCUUGAAUAAAAAAUAAAUGUUUAUGUA